AUGUCGGUUAUGAAUGAUGCACUCACCGCGCAAGUCAAUGGACUUGAUGAAAUUGUCAAGACUUUGCAAGCUGAAUCCAAGAAGCCACAGAAGAAGGUGACGGGUAAGCAUAUCUCGAACAACCACCCUGCCCUAAAAGGUGAGGAAGGAGAUAAGCAGGGCGAGGAAAGAGGCGGUAAAACCUGGCACCCAAAUUGGUUAGGCCAUGUCAAUGAAGUUGUGAAUGCUAUGUUCAUCAAAGAAAUAAUCGACCGUGUCUAUAACAAUGAGAAGUGCCGCCGUGAAAGCCCGAACCUAAAGGGUGAGGUACCUGACGAAGACUUCAAUAUGCAAGUCAUUAUCCAGUGCACAAAGGAUUAUUUUCGCAACAUACAUAAGCAGGCAAUGUGCUGUAGCGAUGCAUCAAAAGCCCAAAAGGCUGAACAGAAGAAGGAACAUGGACGUCAAAGGGCACAUCGUGCAGCAGUUACAAAGAGCUGUCGUGCAACUGCAGUUAUCUACGAGAAAGAGACAGGGAGGGAGGGUGCAGUUGCGAUGAUUGAUACUGAUUUUGCAUCAGACGUUUUGUCUUACUCAGAAGACGACUUGAGUGAAGACACAUUAACCAGGUGGGUGAAGUCAGGAGCAGGGAACUCAGCAAAUAUGGUUGUAGGAUUGGAGUGGCAAUCCAUCGAUUAUGUUGCAUUUUUGCGCUUCCUUACUUUGCAACAAAUGAGGUGGAACAACAGAGCUACCACUGCAGACAUUGACGAAACAAGCACCAUCCAGCCUCCAAAAAAGUGUUGCAAAACUGCAGAAGGGGGCACUAGGUCAAAGAGAAUCGUGAAAAAGAUGUUUGACAUCAGCCCAGAGCAAAUGAAUGACGACGCACCAUCAUCUGCCAAAAAGAACUUGCCGUUUGAAAACAUGGUUGCAGACAGCUGGAAGACUAGCCAUCCGGACAUGGAGAUGCUUGAGGGAGUUCCGUGGCUCAAGGGAUUCUGGGCUUCAUUGACAAGAGACAAUCUGAUAAAGGAGGACUACGAGUACUUGGAAGAGCUGGGGGAGUGGCACAAAGUUGAAAAGGGUGAUGAAGGUGACGAGAGGAGCGACCAGUGA